AUAUUUAAAUGGUUUCCACCUUCUGCGUCGCCUACAACUCAUUUAUUUGCUUUGUUCAAGAGCAGGACGGAGUGAAGACUGACAUCUUUCAAGUACUGAAGUUGAUGCCGAGUCAAUAACGCGUUUCUUGACCGAAGCAAUAAUGGCCCACUCAAGUCAAGAUGGCGAAAUUGUACCUGAUGAUGGAUGGUCAUCCAUGCAUAAUCGUGUGAAUUCCUUCCAGCACUUCCCCCGUUCUGAAGAAUUUUCAGCCGGGCGACUGGCCCGGGCAGGCUUUUAUUUUACAGGUCAGGCGGACAGGGUGCGCUGUUUCAGCUGCCGUGCGACAGUGGAGGACUGGAACAAAGGGGACACCCCACUGAAUAGACAUCAGCAAGCAUCUCCCGACUGCACGUUCCUCAGCAGUGCUCACGGCUUGCGAACCUCCGACUUCAUUCAAAGCCCCGUUUACGACGAAGAGGCCGAAGCCAGGGAGUUCCAGCUCCGCACGGGAGAGGUGGUGGAUCAGACCAUUUAUCCCAAGGUGCCACACAUGAAGAGCGAGGAAGCUCGGCUGAAUACUUUUAGUGACUGGCCGGCAGACGCUCCAGUUCAACCCGAAGACCUGGCAGCAGCAGGGAUGUAUUACUUAAGGACAGAUGACAUGGUGCGGUGCUUCUGUUGUGGGCAGAAGCUGAAAGGAUGGGAGCCAGGCAAUGAUGCCUGGGGUGAACAUGCAAAGAACUGCCCAAACUGCUUCUUCAUCUUGGGCCACGAUGUGGGCAAUGUGCCGCUGCCAACACAUAGACCCAGGGUGAAUGGGCAAAGAGCCUCUGUGGAGACUUUUGAGGGGCGUCUUGAUAGCUUCAGAGGCAGACAACAUCCCAUAGACCCCGAGAGACUGGCCAGAGCUGGUUUCUACAGCACAGGAGAACAGGACCGUGUGCUCUGCUUUAGAUGUGGAGGAGAACUGAAGAUCUGUAGGCCUGAUGAAGACCCUUGGGAGAAGCAUGCCAGGCACUAUCCAGGCUGCAGUUUCCUUCUGGCAGAAAAAGGAGAAGAAUAUGUCAACAGUGUGCAGCUGAGAAAUCCAAAAGGAGAUCAUUCAAGAUCAAGUCAGAAUGGCUUUACAAGUCAUGUGCGUGCAGCACAGAAAGUCUUGCAGUCAGAGAUUGCACAAAAGGCUGUAGAUAUGGGUUUUGACCCCAUCAAAGUGGAGCGCACCAUUCUGCAGAAAUUACGUCAGAACACAGAGGGUUAUGCUUCAGUAGAAGCCCUUAUUGAAGACAUCAGUGCACAGGAGAGUGCUAGUACCAUGCCCGAGAAAGCUGAGGACCCCAUGACGAAACUUGAGAAACUCCAGAGGGAGAAACUCUGUAAAGUAUGCAUGGACAGUGACAUUAACAUUGUCUUCAUUCCUUGUGGACACCUGGUCACUUGUCAGAAAUGUUCAGAAUCCCUGAACAAGUGUCCCAUCUGCUGUGCCGCAAUCACACAGAAGAUAAAGACAUACAAUGCCUAAAAGACAAAGAAACCAGCAGUCCAAAAGAAGCACUGAUGUUUAUUGAAAGUUUCAGAAUGUAAUCCUUUCCAAAAUUGCACAUAGAUGUGUAAAAUAAGCUGUAUAUAUAU